AACACGUUGCCGUUAAAGAAUGAAGAAAGACCUGCUUUAUCAAAGUGGACAUACAGCUUUAUCUCAAAUCUCAAAAUUUACCCUUUCUUUUUCCUAUUUUUUUAAAAGGUGCGUUGUGCUACAAAGAUUAGAUCUUGAAAUUGAAGUUUACAUUUGAUGCUUGUCUAAUGGCGAUCAUAACAGAAGAGGUAGAGCCAGAAUCACCACCCAGAACCAAAGGAAACAAGAAAAUUCCCAAAAAUCCAACCCCAGAACCUUCUAAAUCAACUCCAAAGCCUACCAUAAACACCCAAACCCAAAAUCCCUUUGCCUUCUGGUUCUAUUUCACCUUCGGUAUCUCUCUCAUCACUUUCCUCUUUGUCUCCUUCUCAUCUUUGCCCCCACAAGACCCCAAAUCCUGGUUCCUUUCUUUGCCCUACCCCCUACGCCAACACUACUCAAAUGGCAGAAUCAUCAAGGUGCAAACGUCUCCAAACCAAUCUCCGAUUGAAGUUUUUGUUUCUGAAAAUGGUCAGUUUUCGUCAUCUGAGAAUGUUAUGAUCGUUCAUGGGUUGGGACUGAGUUCUUAUUCCUAUAGGGAAAUGAUUAAGGUAUUAGGCUCAAAAGGAGUUCAUGUUAUAGCCCUUGAUUUACCCGGAAAUGGGUUUUCAGAUAAAUCUAGGGUAGAGAUUGAAGAAGGGACAAAUGGAGUUUUGGGAAGGUUCAAGGAAGUUUAUAGUUUGAUCCAAGAAAAGGGUGUGUUUUGGGCGUUUGAUCAAAUGGUUGAAACCGGGGAACUGCCUUAUGAAGAGAUAAAAUCUAGAGUUUUGGUUAAAAAGAAUGUUAAUGUGAUUGAGAUCGGAAGUGAAGAGAUGGGGAGUAUUCUAGGCCAAGUUAUAGGAACAAUGGGGUUAGCUCCGGUGCAUUUGGUUUUACAUGAUUCUGCUUUUCUUAUGGCUGCAAAUUGGAUUUCUGAGAAUUCAAGGUUCAUUAGAAGCGUAACUCUUAUCGAUACCGGACUAAAACCAGCUUUACCUACCUGGGUUUUGAACAUACCUGUUGUUAAUGAAAUUGUGUUGAGGUUUUCAUUUGUUUAUGCAAGGUUUAUAAACCUGUGUUGCACAAAGGGGAUUAACCAGUCGGAAUUGGAAGCACAUAGAUCGCUUUUAAAGGGGUGGGAGGCAAGAAAAGCUGUUGUGGGGAUCGAGAAGAAGCUGAAUCAUAGUUUUAAUGUAGAAGAAUGGGGAUGUUUGGAUGAUAUAAAAGGUAUGCCAAUGCAGGUACUUUGGUCUAAUGACUGGUCAGAUGAAUGGAGUGAAGAGGGCAAACGAACUGCCGAAGCACUUCCUGGUGCAAAAUUUGUCACUCAUUCCGGUGGGAGAUGGCCUCAGGUAUGGGUUCAUUGACUCUUUUGACUUAUUAGUUUCUGUUGAUUCUGGCUUGUUUGAAUCAAAUUAUCAGUGAGGAAAAGUCAGAUUUUAAGUCUAUUUUGGCCUCUGUUUUUUUGCUACCAUAUGUUCUGAAUAUAUGCAGCCAUCUUAUACUGUUGGCGAAUUCAUGUAUUGUUGAUUGUUUGUAUGUCUUUAAUAGAUUGUUUUCCUUUUAUAUUUGCGAUAAUUUUGUUCUAGGUUCUUUGCAUGCCUUUUGAAUUGUUUAUUCUUUAGUUCAAAUUGAUGCCAUUUUCCCUUAAUUUGCACGUUGCUUGGUUA